GUAUGAUGUUACUUAAGCAAAUUUGCUGCUAACUUUUUGUUCAAACAAGCAAUGAUUUUUCUUGUUACGAGCUGAGAAGAUACAGCACGCGUUAAACUCGCGUGCGUUUUAUUCAAUAAUUUUGCGUUUGAUUAUUCCAAUGGCUGCGUCGGCUUCUGAUGAAGACUCCUCAUUAAGCGCCGAAAACUUCAGAAGGCAUGUUUUUUUAAACGGAAUCAUCAAGUUCACUGCCGAUCGCCUCUCACAAAGCCUGAUGAUUUACUUUCUACAAGAAGGAAACACUACAUGGGAAUCAUUCAUAGAAGACGAAGAAAUCAAAAUGCACAUCAACAAGAAGUAUAAGCGGUUCCUUGGUACCCUGGACAGGUCAGAUACAACUUUACUUACUGAUCUCAUAGAUGAGUUCCCAAUUGAUCACACACUUUCCGCUAAGUAUGAUGGCGACAUCAAAAAAUUGCGAAGUCUCCGGAAUUCAGUUGGCCAUGAAGUAGUUCCAGCUACCGAUAAGAUUUCAGCAACCGCUUACAAAAAGAAAAUAUCAGAUCUUGAAGAACUAAUCAAAAUGUUCCAAGACAAGUACCCUGGCAUGGUGAAACUGGAAAACUUGAAAAAACUUCUGAAAAAAAUUGAAGAAUUUCCGACUGAUCUGCCAACAAGUAACAUUCAUCAUAUGGAUGAGAUAGUUGGAAGAAAAGAAGAGCUACGUGAACUGAAAGACCGAGUGGAAUCAUCGCCUCGUAUUCUGAUUACAGGCGCGCCGGGAAUCGGCAAGACCUCGUUGGCUGUGACGUUUGCAAAAGCUCUAAUCGAGGAUCCUUUGAUCAUUUGUCUGUUUGUGUCACUGAAGAACUUCAAAAAGUUCAAAAUUUGCGAUGAAAGCGAAUUGGAAAAUGAAAUCAGCAGUGUCAUCGGAAAACACAUCGGCAAGAUCCGCGAAGCCGUUAACCAAUCGCCUAAAGACGCGUUUGUAAUUCUUCAAGACUAUGUCUACAGUAUUCCAAACUACGCAAAACUCUUGAUAAUUUUGGAUAAUAUCGACGGUUUUGACAGUCAGAAGUCUGAGAUAGUUCUGGAGAGCGUAAUCAAGCGCCUUUGUCCAGCCGAGGGAAAUAUCAAGUUUUUAUGUACUUCCAGAAAUUGGAUGACAGACGUGGAUAUUUUUUCAGAAAACAUUAUUGCUCUAGACCGGAUCAAGUCCAGAGACGAUGUUUUAGCCUGGUUCCAGGAUAAUGCUAAAGGUAUUGAUGUUAGCAUCAUACAAGAAGCAGUUCUUGCUUCUGAUGGAGUCCCACUCCUAAUGACCCUGCUCAGAUCACGACUGCUUAUUAGGAAUCGAAAGCCUAUCAAAGCGGGAGAUAUUUCGAAAUUAAAACUGACCGAAAAGCAAGAAAAAAGAAUCGACGAGGUUCUCAGCUGGUCUUUCGAAUCGCUGCUACAAGAAGAUGAUUUGCAGCUUUUUAUGCAAUGCGCUAGCAUUUUCCCUGAUUUCAUAAACGAGUCUGCUUUGAAAUCAAUAUUUCACAAAUCAGCCAGGCGUUGUGAAGCAUCUGCAGGGAAAUGUUUCGAACAAUUGGCUGAUUUGAGUUUGAUUCAAUACAACGAUAAUAACGAUAAAUACUAUAUGCACGCUUACAUUCAAGAAUACUCUCAAAGGAAGUGUUCGGAUCAAAUGAAAAAUCUGAAAUGCUUAUAUUUCUCUAAUUAUUAUUCAAAACUAAUGAAAAUUACCCAAGAUCAUUUAACAAAGAGGGAUAGAUUUGACGGGGCUGUCGAAACAAUUCUUGACGAUGUUGAAAACUAUCUCGAGUUUCUCAAGUUUGAUCCCAAGAUUUUAUACAAUUCCACAAAAAACUCUUUAGAAAUGUUGGAUAGGGAUGACCCUCUUGCUGCGUACUGGCUGCUCGCUUCUCUUUGGUUUUUAAGCGCAAUGAUUAAAAACAAAAAACUCUUUCUUGACUUUGCAAAAAACUUGCAGGCAUAUUUUACGAGACUGGAACUCUUCUCACAUGCUAUAUUGAGUAUGUGUUUCAUAUCACAUCAAGUCCGUUUAAUUAAAGAUCAGGACAGCACAGCAUCAGAAAUACUUGAAAACGCUUCUGAGUUAUUACUAAAGCCCAGUGUUUCGCGUUUUUGUCAAGCUUAUUUGAGCUACUCGAAGGGUCGUUUGGUUCAACAGAUGUGUAAAAAUACCUUGCCCGAUGUAAAAUGGGAGAAAAAAUUCGAAUGGGAAGAAAAACUUAGUGCAGAAUUCUGGGCUGAGUCACUUCGAGAGCUUUUUAAAUGGCAAUCAGAAGUUUGCACACCGGAUAAUAAACAAAAAGAAACAAUUGAGCGAAUCGUAAAAAUCGAAAAAAUAGAAAUUCUAGCGAGCAAGUUUCGAGACGAAAUGGAUACAGCAAAGGAAAAUAAGAAUGAAGAAAAGUUACAAAGUAUUAUCGAACAAGCAGAAAAAAGUGUCAAUGAAUUAAAUUCUUUAUUGGGCAGUCAUGGGGAAACAGCGUUCGCAUUCAAAAAACUGGCAGACUUGAUUUUCAAAAAGGAAAAUGAGAAAGAAAGGGCUGCUUUCUUUUAUGAAAAAGCGUACAAAAUGAACGAAGCGAAUAAGAGUUCUUCUGCUGCCAAUGCUCUAAUACUGAGGAGCUGGUCGCGUUGCUUAUCUGACAAAGAGAAAGCACUUGAGAAGCUGGCGGAGGCAAAAAAACUGUUGGAAGAUAAUCACAUGAUGAGACACAAAUGGUAUGAAAGAGUUGUUAUAUCGGAGAAGAAGUUACUUCAGAUAUCGCAUGAUUGAAAUGUGUAAUUCAAUGACUUAAUUUCAAAAAUCAAUUUCUUUUGUCUUGCAAAAAAAUUGUUAAAACUUACAAUCAAUUAACAAUCAACUAAUGCAUUUAAUAUAUGGUUGCUUUAUUUUAGACAAAACUUAGAGACUGUG